AUGCGGGGGCGCGCUGGCCAGCGGUCGCUGAAGUCCGAGGUGCAGUCAGCGGCGCACUCAUUCAGUCAGGGCUUGAAGAGCAUGGAGCGGGAGCUCUUGGACAGGAUCGCCGAGGAGGACAAGAAGAUGCGGACGGAGCUGAGCCGCCUGCAAGACGCGGAGCACAAGCUGCAGGUGAAGCUGAAGGCGGAGCGGGAGCUCCGCAGCUCCGAGGCGGAGAGCUGGAGGAGCCGCCAGGCCGCCCUGGCCUCGGAGCUCGAGGCGCUCAUCGGCCGCCGCGACGCGGAGGUGGCAGAACUUCAGUCCAAGGUAGAGCUGGCAAUGACGCAGCGCGAGGCAGAGGAGGCCGCUGCGAAGAGUGAGCGCCGGAGCCUGCAGGACAAGUCCGGGACCCGGUGA